UUGGAGCAACACAGAUCUUCUCUCUCUGUGGCGACUACUGUGAAAUUUCUGGAGUUACAGGACACCUCUGUCCUGUCUUUUCCCUAAACAUCAGUCUCUUCGGGUUGUUUUUUUUUUUUUACAAAAAAGUAAUUUCACAGGCUGGGCUGGACAGAGAUUCCUGGCUUCCUCCUUAUUCCUGCUACGGUUUCCCCUGCUGAGAUCAGACUGCUUUGCUUUAAACAGGGAGAAGUUUCUGCUUUGACUUCAACAGCGUUUCGGCUGAGCCUCGGGAGGAAACUGCUCAAGCAAUUACUGGAAACUUUUCGUGCCUUUCUGCAACAGACAUGGUGGAUUUCUAGAACAACCAACAGUAAAAGUGAAGUCUGCGUUGAAGGGAGACAUGCCCUUUUCAGAAAGAUGCCGAAUAUCUUGUGUGUUAAUACUUCUCCUUCUCCCUUGGGGAGGAGAGAGCACUCAAGUUCCAAGAGCAGGUUGCAAGAGUGUUCACUAUGACCUCAUCUUCCUCUUGGACGCGUCUUCCAGCGUUGGCAUUGACGACUUCCAGAAGGUCCGCCAGUGGGUGGUCGAUCUGGUGGACAGUUUUGAGAUUGGCCCAGACAAAACCCGCGUCGGCGUCGUCCGUUACAGCACUCAGCCGAUGACAGAGUUUGAACUUGGCACCUACAGCACCGGAGAGCAGGUCAAGGCAGCUGCAAGGAAGAUCAGAUACCACGGGGGCAACACAAACACGGGGGAUGCCCUGCGGUACAUCACCACCCACAGCUUUUCCGCAGGGGCUGGUGGGAGGCCCAGUGAUCCCAGCAUUAAAAAAGUGGCCAUCCUUCUGACCGAUGGCAGGAGUCAGGAUCACGUCUUGGAGCCGGCGGCGGCGGCGCACAAAGCAGGCAUCAAAAUCUUUGCUCUGGGAGUUGGCGAAGCUCUUAAGGAAGAGUUGGAAGAAAUUGCCUCCGAACCAAAGUCUGCUUACACGUUCCAUGUUUCCGACUACAACGCGAUCGACAAGAUACGAGAACAGCUGAGGAAACGGCUUUGUGAGAAUGUGCUGUGUCCAAGAGUCCGCGUGGAAGGAGACAGGUUCAAAGAGACCAAAGGAGCAACUAUUCCAGGCAGUUGAUCAAUAUGCAAUGUUUGCACUUAACGGAUGAAGAAUGAUGCGAUGCACCUGGUCAGAUACAUGGCAGAAGGCAGUCAUUUAGCAAGGCUUUGUUUCUCUCCU